AUGGCGGGGACUACAGCGCGGGCGCCCCAGCUACAUGGCACAGGCAGCACUCUGUGCAAACAACCAAAGGUUAUCACAAAUGGCACAGCAGCUGCAGGCGUGGUCGCCAUGGUCACGGUGUUGUUGCUGCAGCUUACAGUCGUCUGUGGCCGCACGCACGCCGUGAAAGGCAAUAUUCAAAUUCAAGUAGUUCCCACAGUCCAGGAACUGCAGGAAGUGUUGGUGACAGUGCGAGGUUGCCGCACCAGUAACCGGAAGAGUCUGAUUUUAACAAGCACCUCCCCAACCCUGCCACGACCCCAUUCACCUCUACCUGGACACAUAGGGAGCAGUCCACUGGACAGUCCCCGGACGUUUUCCCCCAGUGCUCCCGCCCACUUCUCUUUCGCCUCAUCCAGAAGGACAGAUGGGCGACGCUGGUCCUUGCCCUCAUCUGGUUAUGGCACCAACACGCCCAGUUCAACGUCGUCUAGCUCUUCGCAGGAGAGGUUACAUCAGCUUCCUUUUCAGCCAACCAUGGACGAACUGCACUUCCUGUCCAAACACUUCGGCAGCACGGAGAGCAUCACCGAUGACGACGGGGGACGAAGAUCUCCUCACGUCAGACCCCGCUCACGCAGUCUCAGCCCAGGGCGUUCUCCUUCCUGUUACGACAAUGAGAUCAUUAUGAUGAACCAUGUCUACAAGGAGCGCUUUCCCAAGGCCACAGCACAGAUGGAGGAGCGUCUGGCCGAGUUCAUCCAGAACUACUCUCCCGACAACGUUCUGCCGCUGGCCGACGGGGUCCUCAGCUUCAUCCACCACCAGAUCACGGAGCUGUCCCGAGACUGCCUGGCCAAAUCUCGUGAGGGCCUCAUCACCUCCGUCUACUUCCUGGAACUACAGGAGAACCUGGAGAAACUCCUGCACGACGCAUAUGAAAGGUCGGAGAGCUCUGAGUUGACUUUUGUCACAGAGCUGGUCAAGAAACUGUUCAUUAUCAUCUCCCGUCCAGCGAGACUGCUGGAGUGUUUGGAGUUUAACCCAGAAGAGUUCUACCACCUGCUGGAGGCGGCUGAAGAUCAUGCCAAGGAGGGACACUUAAUGAAGACCGACAUUCCCCGUUAUAUCAUCAACCAGCUGGGCCUGACCAGAGACCCACUGGAAGAAAUGGUGAAUUUGGACAGCUAUGACAGUGAAGGUCCACACACCCCUGAGACGGACGAUUCAGCGGAGGGGAAGAUGAAAGCCAUGAAACCUCCCUGUGAAUCUGACUUUCAGACCAUCAAACUCAUCAGUAAUGGAGCAUAUGGUGCGGUGUAUUUGGUGAGACACAGGGAGACACGGCAGCGCUUUGCCAUGAAGAAGAUUAACAAACAGAACCUGAUCUUGAGGAACCAGAUCCAGCAGGCCUUUGUGGAGAGAGACAUCCUGACCUUCGCCGAGAACCCGUUUGUCGUCAGCAUGUUCUGCUCUUUCGAGACCCGCAGACAUCUCUGCAUGGUCAUGGAGUACGUAGAAGGUGGAGACUGUGCCACUCUGUUGAAGAACAUCGGGGCACUGCCAGUGGAGUUGGCACGCAUGUACUUCGCCGAAACCGUCCUGGCACUGGAGUACCUACACAACUAUGGCAUCGUCCACCGCGACCUCAAACCUGACAAUCUGUUGAUCACGUCAAUGGGUCACAUUAAGCUGACGGAUUUUGGCCUGUCUAAAAUGGGCCUGAUGAGUCUCACGACCAACCUGUACGAAGGACACAUCGAGAAGGACGCCCGCGAGUUCCUGGACAAACAGGUGUGCGGCACCCCCGAGUACAUAGCCCCGGAGGUGAUCCUGCGGCAGGGCUAUGGUAAACCAGUGGACUGGUGGGCCAUGGGCAUCAUCCUCUAUGAGUUCCUGGUUGGCUGUGUGCCGUUCUUUGGCGCCACACCUGAGGAGCUCUUCGGACAGGUCAUCACAGAUGACAUAGCCUGGCCUGAGGGGGACGAGGCACUGCCGGCCGACGCCCAGAGUUUGAUUUCUGCUCUGCUGCAGACUAACCCCCUGGUUCGCCUGGGUACAGGAGGCGCGUUUGAGGUGAAGGAACAUUCGUUCUUCUCAGAGCUCGACUGGAACAGUAUACUGAGGCAGAAGGCUGAGUUCAUCCCUCAGCUGGAGUCAGAGGAGGACACCAGUUAUUUUGAUACGCGGUCAGAGCGAUAUCGCCACGUCAACUCUUACGACGAAGACGACACGAAUGAUGAUGAGCCGGUGGAAAUCAGACAGUUCUCCUCUUGCUCCCCGCGCUUUAGCAAGGUGUACAGCAGUAUGGAGCACCUGUCUCAGCUGGAGCAAAAGACCCCGGUCGUCACUCGGCGGGAACACAAGGGUCACCAUGACAGCAAGAUAGCCAAGAGAGAAAGUUUGGGAAGCUUCACCAUGAGAGACAAGACCUGGAGGACUGGCUCUCCAGAGAUGAAACGUCUCUCCUGUUCGGAAUCCUUGUACAUGGAGGGCGAUUCCAGCCCUCCCCUGGGCGCUCGACGGCGAUUUUCCGCCCUCAUGGACACGCACCGUUUUGCCUCGCCCCUAGAGAGCGAGGGAGAGCUCCCGUCCCAUCAGCCGGGGGUUAAAGUCCGGGGAAUGUCUCUAGAGGGCGCCACCGUACCCCGUUCCCCCAGCGCCAGCGAGCACAGGAGUGCCUCCAAAGAAGUGACCCCAGCCAGCGCCGGAGACAAGCUGCCCAGACCUGGGGAUAUAUCAACAGGACAGGCCACACCUGCAGCUGCAGCGAUGACACCUGUCUCCAGGGAAACCAGUGCCCUCGGUGACUCCAUUGGCCAACGGGCAACCAAUGACCUGGUCCUACGCCGGGCACGACAUCAGCAGUUGCCAGGUGACGGUGAGAAACGGAGCUCUCGCCCGGGCAACAAGGUCAUCAAAUCGGCCUCCGCCACAGCGCUAUCCGUCAUGAUACCUGCAGUUGAACAGCACGGAUCCUCUCCCUUGGCCAGUCCCAUGUCACCGCGCUCUCUCUCCUCCAAUCCCUCGUCCCGUGACUCUUCUCCCAGUCGCGACUACUGUCCAGCGGUCACAGUGCUGCGUUCACCAAUCACGAUCCACCGCUCGGGCAAGAAAUACGGCUUUACUCUGCGUGCCAUUCGGGUCUAUAUGGGUGACAGUGACAUUUACAGCGUCCAUCAUAUCAUCUGGCAUGUGGAGGAAGGAGGGCCUGCCCAGGAGGCGGGACUGUGUGCUGGUGACCUCAUCACUCAUGUGAAUGGGGAGUCUGUCCAUGGAUUGGUCCACACAGAAGUGGUGGAGCUCAUUCUUAAGAGCGGGAACAAGGUUACCGUGACAACCACACCCUUUGAGAACACUUCCAUCAAAGUGGGUCCUGCUCGUAAAUCCAGCUACAGAUGUAAGAUGGCCCGACGCCAUAAGAGGACAGGGAAAGAAGCACAGGAGAGUAAAAAGCGAAGCUCUCUGUUCAGAAAAAUCACGAAGCAGUCCAAUCUCCUUCACACUAGUCGGAGUUUGUCGUCUCUGAAUCGCUCUCUGUCAUCCAGCGAGAGUCUCCCAGGAUCCCCCACCCACAGCCUGUCUGCCCGCUCACCUACCCAGAGCUACCGUUCCACCCCUGAAUCCUCUUACCUGGGGGCUUCAUCUCAAAGCAGCUCCCCUGCCUCAAGCACCCCAAACUCGCCAGCUGCCACCCAGCAUAUGCGUCCCAGCUCUCUGCAUGGCCUCUCCCCAAAACUGCACCGCCAGUACCGCUCUGCCCGCUGCAAGUCUGCCGGCAACAUCCCCCUCUCCCCACUCGCCCACACCCCGUCCCCGACCCAGUCUUCUCCACCCCCUCUGCCUGGACACACGGUGGGCAGCUCCAACACCACCCAAACCUUUCCCGCCAAGCUCCACUCCUCUCCGCCCAUCAUGCGCCCCCGGCCGAAGAGCGCCGAACCCCCGCGGUCUCCGCUCCUGAAACGUGUCCAGUCGGCCGAAAAGUUGGGACUUCCCCUGUCGUCCUCCUCUUCUUCGUCCUCGGAGAAAAAGGCUGGGAUAGGUGUGAUGAGGAAGCACAGUCUGGAAGUGGGACAUUCGGAUUACCGGAAGGAGGGCUUCCACUGCGAGUUGGGCCUGCAGAGCCUGGUGGAGACAGAGGGGGAGAAUCUCGCCUCUGCUACGGCAACCACGCCAUCACCAACACAUCCAGUUGCUCCAUUGUCCCCAGAGACUGGAAUUUUUAAGCCAGUGAGGAAGCUUGGGAGGCAAGAAUCACCGCUGAGUCGAGACGCCCUGUUAGCAGGCAGAGAGACAACGGAGCCCAAGUCCAGUGUAGUCCCUUUAACUCCAUCACCACUGACCACUUCAGCUACUAAAACUACAACUCCCAGCAUUUCCAGCACGGGAACGGGAAACGGAAGUCCAGGCAGUGGUACGAUGACACCAAGCAAGGUCACCCAAAGUCAUACAGAAAAGUCCUCGAAACCCCAAAGUCUUCUGGUCACACCAAGCACCAUUAGUAAAGAGCCACAGGAGAGGGAUGGAGGCAAGAAAGAGGUAAAGCAAGACGCAGGGAAAACUCCAGCACCUUCCAGACCUAGCAUGCAAGCUGGAACCCCAGGAAAGGGAACUCUAUCCAUGGAUAAAUCCACCGUCUCAUCUGUACCGACACCAAGUGGUGGACUUGCCGAGACAUCUAAAGCAAGCAGAGGAACUGGAGAUGGUGAAGGCAUGAAGAAAGCUGGGUUGGAUGCCUCUUCCAGACCUUCGGAUACCAGGGUGAGAACCUCUGUCUCUAAAGGUGUGGUUCCACCUCAUCCACCCCAGGUUCAGUCUCCUGCUUUGGGCAAACUCAGGCAGGAUAAAAGCCUAGUUCCUGUCAACUGUUACCGAGGAACCUUGGAUUGGGAGGACAAGUGUCUCCUGGAGGUGGUUGAGGAGCAUUCACCCUCCCCAACUCCAUCCCCUACGGGGGCCAGCCCAAGUCCUUCCAAAACUCAACCUGUCUACCCCGUUGACAAGGCCAGCUUGGUCACUCAGUUAACCAGUGUGGCAAAAACUGUGCUUGGGCCUAUCAAGGCUGCCGCAGCAGCAGCAGCUCAAGAGGUCCCUAAGGCGAAAGAACCCCCGAAAUCCGUGGAAGAGAGUCAGCCUAGUCUAUCAGGAAAGACUGAGGCUUCAACCGGAACCUCCAGCAGGCCUGGAACCAAAUCAACCUCCCAGGGCCCUGCUAGCCCAGCACAGCACGAGAAAAACGGCACCACUGCAAAGCACGGAUCUUGA